AUGAAGUACUCACUCGUUGCGGGCCUGUCCCUCCUGGGAUCGGCCAUGGCCACUACGCUGCCCUCAAUUCAGAUCAAGGGAAAGAAGUUUUUCUACCCCAAUGGUACAGAGUUCUACAUUCGUGGUGUUGCGUACCAGGCCGACUAUGAUGGCCGAAACGGUGGUGACUCCAGCGACAAUUAUGUUGACCCGUUGGCCGACGCCGAGAGCUGCAAGCGUGAUAUCCCCUACCUGACCCAGCUGCGUACCAAUGUCGUUCGUACCUACGCCGUCAACCCCAACUCCUCCCACGAUGAGUGUAUGUCCGCCCUUGCCGACGCUGGCAUCUACGUUAUCAGUGAUCUGUCGUCUCCCGAUGAGUCCAUUGAGCAGAACGACCCUAUGUGGAACGCCGAUAUCUUUGACCGCUACUCUUCUGUCAUUGAUGCCUUUGCCAACUACACCAACGUCAUUGGUUUCUUCGCCGGAAACGAGGUUGCCAACGCCGUCAACAACACCAACUCUAUGGCCUACGUCAAGGCUGCCGUCCGUGAUAUGAAGACAUACAUCUCGCAGAAGGGAUACCGUGACACUCUGUCCAUUGGUUACGCCACCGACGACGAUGCCACUGUCCGUGAGAACAUUGCCAACUACCUGGUCUGUGACGAUGCCUCCGACUCCAUCGACUUCUUUGGUUACAACAUCUACGAGUGGUGCGGUGACUCCAGCUUCAAGACCUCCGGAUACCAGGCUCGUACUGAGGAGUUCGCCGAUUACCCUGUCCCUGCUUUCUUCUCCGAGUACGGCUGCAACAACCCCAGCCCCCGUACCUUCACUGAUGUCCCCGUUCUCUUCGGUCCCGACAUGGAGGACGUCUGGAGCGGUGGUAUCGUCUACAUGUACUUCGAGACUGGCAACGACUACGGUCUGGUCUCUACUUCCGGCACUUCCGUCUCCACUCUGCAAGACUUCGCCAACCUCUCUUCCCAGAUGAAGAAGGCCACCCCUACUGGUGUUGCCAUGAGCGACUACACUGUCUCCACCACCGUUGGCCGUAGCUGCCCUACCGUUGACGCUGACUGGCUUGCUGCCAGCUCUCUGCCUCCCUCCAUUGACUCUGACCUCUGCUCUUGCAUGUACAACUCUCUGACCUGUGUUCCUGUUGACGGCAUCUCCACCAGCAAGAUGACCAGUGUCUACUCUUUCCUCGGUGGUGUUGAUGGUAUCAUGGAUGGUGUUACCGGUAACGCUACCUCCGGCCAGUACGGUUCUUACAGCGCCUGUGACUCCAACCAGCGUCUUGCUUGGGCCAUGGACCAGUACUACAAGAAGAACGGCAAGUCCGCCUCCGCCUGUGACUUCAGCGGUGCUGCUUCUACCAAGUCCGCUACCACUGCUAGCUCUUGCACUUCCCAGCUCGCGGCCGCUGGUACCGCUGGUACCGGCACUGUCACUGGCUCCCUCAACGCCUCCGGUGGCUCCUCUACCUCCACCUCCAAGGGUGCUGGUAGUGCCCUCAACAUUCCCCAGGCUGUCCACGUUGGCGCGUGGCAGACUGGUCUCUACGCCCUGGUUGCCUUGGCCACCGGUGCUUUCAUGAUCGUGCUGUAA